AAUGAAACAUAACAAACAUGGCUGCUGAAAACCACAACAGAGCAUUGAGUGAGUUUUCCCGAGUUCGAGCUGUCACUACGGGAUGGAUUGUGGACUUUAUGUUCCUCAGUCUGUGUCGGAGAUUCAAGGAGGGGAAGUUUGAAGAGUUCAACGAGAUCAUUCAGACUUUAGAGGCCAUCACUGAGUGUCCGGCGAAGGAGCUCCAUGAGGAUAAAACGAUGAUCUGUGCCUUCCUCGCAAGAGUCAUGCACGGCAAACAGUUAGAUGUCCAGUUUGAAGACAAUGAGGACAUGUUGCCUCUGAUGUCUGCGGCCAAAAUCUGGUCUGCUAUCAAGCACACAGUGGCAGACCAACGUUUGUUCAGGGACAUCCUGGAGCUUUUGUUUGUCCAGUCUGUCACCGUGUGCUUGAUAUCAGACCAGACAUCUCAUGCCUGCUUGGCCCUCAAGUGGUUUGAGAAGAACUAUACAUUACCACAGAACCUGUGUUCCAAGGUGUCGUCGAUGGUGACGAAGAAGGACCUUCGCAACCCGCUCCUCAAUUCCUACAGCUUCACCCGCCUGCUGGAGACAGUUAAGACUUACCUGGACGCCUACCUGGAGAAAAACCCCUCCGACUACCUUGUCAAGGAAGCCACAAAGAUGCUGCAGGCGUCGCCGGGAAGCGAGAAAUCAGAGGACGACUUGACGCCAGACGACUUGACGCCAGGCGACUUGACGCCAGGCGACUUGACGCAAGACGACUUGACGCAAGACGACGUGACGCAAGACGACGCGACGCAAGGCGACGCGACGCAAGGCGACGCGACGCAAGGCGACGCGACGCAAGGCGACGCGACGCAAGGCGACGCGACGCAAGGCGACGCGACGCAAGACGACGCGACGCAAGACGACGCGACGCAAGACGACGCGACGCAAGACGAAAACAUCCAAACAACAAAGAACAGAAAAACAAAACGGAGACUUUUGGCCACUAACUUUAUGGAGGACUGGGAAAUCGAUUCGUGCCGGAAGCCUUUUCUCUCCAUCAAGAGAAUCCCAGAGAACGGUGAGUUUGAUUUAUCCUCUGCCUUUUUGUCAUUUGUAUUUAAAACAAUAAGUAGCUUGUCUCUAAUGUUAUUUAUAAACGUGUUGAACCUCCCUCGAUCAGACGUAUCUCAGGUCACAUGUCAGAAGUCGAUGGAAACCUCCACGAUCCUGAAGAAAAGAAAAUCCCCUCGGAAAUGGACCGAUAAGCUGGACCACCACUUGAAGCGUGGAGUCAAGCGUCACGGCGUGGGGAAGUGGGCGCAAAUGUUGCUGGAUUUAGAUUUGAACUUUGAAGGGCGCACCGGCGUGAUGCUCAAAGACCGCUGGAGGACUCUGGUGAAGUAUCAUCCAGACUAAAGAGACCACAACUUGUUACUUUAAUUCAAUUCAAAAGCACCUCUUUUUUGAGAGGUUAAAACAAUAGUUUCUGACCUUAAAAGAUCCAUGUUUUUUGAUUUGCUAUUUGAUGUUGUGUGUUCCUUUGCUGCUGUGCCUAUGCUAACCACCAGAGGGCAGCACAGAGCUACCUUUUCGCCCUCUAUGAGGGUUUUUUUUUUUUUUCAAAGAUGUUAUUGUUUAAGUUAAAAAUGUAUGGCAGAAAUAUUGUUCAAAAAAGGAAUACAACAGUGGUUUGUUACAAUAAAAAUCUGCAAAAACAA